UUUACCAACAGUCAACUAGAUUAGAUUAGAUUCAACUUUAUUGUCAUUGUGCCGAGUACAGAUACAAAACCAAUGGAAUGCAAUUAGCAUCUAACCAGAAAUGCAAAGGAUAGUGUUAUUUACAAAAUAAUUGCAUAUAAAAAGUGCUACGGCAUACAAAUAUAAAAGUACUGAGACAGUACAAUAUGGGUGCAAUACUGCUUAGCGCUGUGAUGUGAGGUUCAGCAGGGUCACAGCCUCAAGGAAGAAGCUCUUCCUGAGCCUGCUGGUGCGGGAGCGGAGACUCUUGAAGCGCCUACUGGAUGGGAGGAGAGUAAAAUGUCCAUGUUGAGAUCCAUGCUCAGUGUGAUGGUAUUGGAGAUGCUGCUCCUGAUCCAGACUGACUGAGGUCUCCCAGUCAGGAAGUCUAGGAUCCAGUUGCAGAGGGGGGUGUUCAGGCCCAGUAGGCUCAGCUUUCCAAUCAGUUUCUGAGGGAUGAUUGUGUUGAAUGCUGAACUGAAGUCUAUGAACAGUAUCCAAACGUAUGUGUCUUUUUUGUCCAGGUGGGUUAGGGCCAGGUGGAGGGUGGUGGCAAUGGCGUCAUCUGUUGAGCGGUUGGGAAGGUGUACUUUACAAAGUACAAAGUACUUUACCAAAGUACCAUCUCUUAAAAGGUUUUGCGCCCACAAAAAUCUCCUAAUGUUUUUUUUAAAAUCCGCAGUCUAAUAGGAUUGAUAUCAAAAACAGGUCCACAUUCAAAACUUUACAAAACCUUAAAUUCUUUUUCUCCUUAUUUUAUUUAAAUCCCAUCUAUUGCCUCCAUCACUCUAUGAUAAACCACUACAAUCCUCAACUAGCCGCUAAUUUUUCCGUUUCCCAAAAGCGGCCAUUCACCUUCUGCCAUACACCCAAUACCACCUCCCGUUCACUACCUCCGUCUUUGCUGCCGCUUCCUACCAUCUCCACCCUCGCUCCGUUCCUCCACCAGAGCAGCUCCCAACAGCAGGCUCAGUCCUUUGCUCCAACUCCAAUCAUUUAACGUCGUUUUUCCUUUUCGAACCACUGUCUCUCUACCAAUCUAUUGUUUCGAAGUUGCGGUUUAAAAUCAUAACCUUUAAAUGUACAGUAUUCGUCCAAGCUGACCAUGUGUUCAAAUUGCUCCGAUCUUUGUUUUUAAAUCAGUGCUCAGUAGCGAGUGUAUCAUCCUGGCGGCGCUGCUUCUGACGCAACAAUCUCAAAUCACUAUUAGGUAUAGCAUAUGUCCUUCGUAACCUCCCAAAGCCACUUUACCGGCUGAAAUCCCAUGACCUUCACACCCGGUUUCACGGCAUUAGGUCCUCAUUCCAGUGUGCCAGUUUGGUUUCCAACAAUCACGAGUCUAAACUUAUAGGUUAGUGCUGUUGGCGAACUCGAGCGACUGAUUAAACCCUGCAAUAACAAGCAGCAAGAACAUUGGUAUUUUUAAAAUCCUGUCUCGUAUCUGUAUAGUUAGAAAGCUCUCGAACAGUUGUAUGAAAAUGUCAGCGUAAAUGAGGCAGGUUUGUGAUUGGUGCAAUGUGAGUAGUAUUGGUGCCAAUGAUAAUAUGACAGAGAGCAGCGAAUGCAGACCCAGUUGAUUCCGAUCACAUUGUGGAAACAUAAGGAACAGAUGUGCAGACAGAUCUGCUUCUCCAACCACUUAGUCUUACAUGGAAAAGACUGAGGCUUGUUUCAGUUCUGAUCCCACAGCUAAUCAGGAUUUUUUCCCAAAUGCACCUGAGGAAGAAUAUCAAGAAGAAGGUUUCAUCUUUAACACUUGUGCCAGCUCCAACCAACAGAUGUUGGAAGGAGGAAAGUGUGGAAAAGCCUACAAGGGGAAGUACCACCAAAGUCUUCACCUGUUCAAACCCUUCCGAACUACACACAAACACAAGCAUCCAAUUGACAAUUCAGGCCUGUUCUCUUUUAUGACCCUGAACUGGCUUUCUCCACUAGCAUGGAAGGCCUACAAAUAUUCUCGCCUGGAAAUGACUGAUCUUUGGAAUUUAUCCUGCAAUGAAUCCUCUGAAGCAAAUUCUCGACGCUUUGAGAAGCUCUGGCAAGCUGAACUGAAGCAGUAUGGACGAGAGAAGGCCUCUCUGGGGCGAGUGGCCUGGCGGUUCUGUCAAACAAGGGCUUUCAUCGCUGUUGGCUGCCUGAUGAUUACAAUGAUAGCCAGCUUUGUGGGACCUGCUGUUGUCAUUCGGAGACUAUUAGAGUAUGCGCAAGCACCAGAGUCAAACCUUCAAUAUGGACUGCUCUUAGUCUGGGGCAUUUUCAUGGCCGAGUUGGUGCGUUCCUGGUUAUUUGCAUUGACCUGGGCUUUAAACUAUCGCACUGGAACACGGCUCCGGGGUGCAUUACUUACACUGGCCUUUGAAAAAAUUCUUAAGCUACGAAACCCGAAAGAUAUUACAGUUGGAGAAUUGGUGAACAUCUGCUCAAAUGACGGACAACGGCUCUUUGAAGUGGCCUCUGUGGGUUCCAUGUUGACAGGAGGUCCAUUUGUUGCCAUACUGGGAAUUAUCUAUACAGCUCUUUUUUUUGGGCCUACUGCUUUACUGGGAUCAGCUGUCUUCAUUCUUAUCUAUCCAUUAUUGAUGUUUAUGUCCAGGCUGACAACUUAUUUCAGGAAGCAAUGUAUUGCUGUCACCGACAGACGUGUGCGGCUGAUGAAUGAAAUUUUGAAUUGUAUCAAGUUCAUUAAGAUGUACACUUGGGAAAAAUUGUUUGCUGAGAAGGUUCAUUUGAUCAGAAGCAAAGAGAAACAGUUUUUGGAAAAAGCAGGUUAUGUGCAGAGUAUCACAGUUGGAGUUGCUCCAGUUGUGGUCGUAGUUUCCAGUAGCUGCACAUUCACACUCUACAUGGCAUUGGGAUAUGAUCUAACUGCAGCUCAGGCAUUUACUGUUGUUGCAGUCUUUAAUGCAAUGACCUUUGCCCUGAAAAUCACACCAAUAUCUGUAAAAGCUCUAUCAGAGGCAUCUGUUGCUGUGGGCAGAUUUAAGCAUUUACUUUUAAUGGAAGAACUAGAAGUUGUAAGGAAGGAGCCUGUUAACCCACACAAUGCCAUCGAAUUUUGUGAUGCUACUUUGGCAUGGGAAAGCAGCAGUUCCUGUUUUUUAGAAAGACAAGUAGAUGCAAACAAAGGUGACAUGAAGAAGAUGAAAAAAAGGAAAGGAAGAGGGAUAGAGAGGAAAAAAAUGAAUCUUUAUGUUGAAGCUGAUCCAGAAAAUUCACUUGUCAAACAAAAUAAUCAUGGCACUAAAAUGCAGUAUGACCACGAUGACUUACAUGUUAAUUUAUCAUCUCCAAAACCCAAAUUCCAGACGGCCUUACAUCAUAUUGACUUAAAUGUCGAACAGGGUAAACUGGUAGGCAUUUGUGGCAGUGUGGGUAGUGGUAAAAGUUCUCUGAUAUCUGCUGUCCUGGGCCAGCUAAUAUUGCUUGAAGGGACAGUUGCAGUGAGAGGCACGUUUGCAUAUGUAGCCCAACAGGCUUGGCUUUUUAAUGCAUCUCUUCGUGACAAUAUCUUAUUUGGCAAAAGUUAUGAAGAAGAAAAGUAUAAUAAUGUAUUGGAUGCUUGCUGUCUGUAUCCUGACAUAGAAAUUUUACCUUCUGGAGAUAUGACUGAGAUUGGAGAACAUGGUGCCAACCUCAGUGGAGGGCAGAGACAACGGAUUAGUCUUGCACGUGCUUUAUACAGUGAACCAAGUACUUUCCUUCUGGAUGACCCACUGAGUGCAGUAGAUGCCCAUGUUGGAGCUCACAUGUUUACAAAUGCUAUUAAGACGGGAAUGAAAGGGAAGACAGUUCUCUUUGUCACCCAUCAGCUUCAGUAUCUUAUAGAUUGUGAUGAAGUGCUGUUCAUGCGGGACGGAUGUAUUACUGAACAAGGCACGCAUGAGGAGCUAAUGAUGCUUAACGAAGAAUAUGCUGCGCUGUUUAAUAGCAUGCAGCAAGCUAAUCUUAUUCAAAAAGACCUAAGAAACACUAUCAAAAAAUCUGGAAAUAAACCUGGAAAUCUACUUUCUAAGAGCAAAUCAGUGUCCAUUGUCCAUGAAAAGAUGAAGGAAGGUCGAGGAUAUGGAACUGUAGUGAUUCGCAAGGUGGUGUCAGAGGGAGAUGUCGUUUACCAGGUUAGGGUUUAUGGAAGCAGGUCACAUAUCAAACAGCAAGGGAGUGAUACAAGAAUGAGUGAUUCAGUCCAGAGCUUACCAGUGAUGUCAAAGCAGAGUCAUGUUGAUUCCAGCAAAGCAUAUCGAGCAAUGGACCCAGACAAGGACGGAGAAAAUGUCAACAGUGCUGAAAUGAAUAACGACGUGGUGGUCAGUCUAGUAACAGAACAAGACAAGAGCAUGAAAGAACAAGUAAUGGACAGCAGGCAGGUAGACAUUGAAGAGAAUCCUGAAGUGAUGGUGAAUGCUAAAAAGUCUGCAGCAUUUCGAAGGAAGCCUGUUAUUGUCCAAAUGCACGAUGAGGACAGCAUUGAGUGGAGCGAGGGUGAUUUAAGUUAUUUGUUUAGGACAAAACCCAGAGAUCUGGAGCCCAGAGUAGAGAUGGUAAAAGAUUUCAACAAUGAGGACGAGCUUGAUGAAGAGGGGAAUGGCGAAACAUCUGAUGAUUUAAUUAGUCGGGAUUUUUUUCCAGAAGAAGAAACACAAAAGGACCAGUUUAUGCAAGCAGAGGAAAAAGCUGGUGGCUCUGUGUCUUGGUCAACUUAUGGAAUUUACAUCAAAGCUGCGGGAGGUACAUUCAUCUUCCUUCUGAACAUUCUUCUGUUCCUGCUGACUGCCGGCAGCAUAGCUUUCAGUAACUGGUGGCUGAGCUACUGGAUUAAACAGGGCAGUGGGAAUACAGCAGUGACUAAGGGUAACGUGACCUACAUAAGCAAUAGCAUGAGAGACCAUCCAAAUCAUAACUUUUACACUUGGGUUUAUGCUUCAUCCAUGUUGGCUGUACUCCUCUUCAAGAUAUUACGUGGAUACAUAUUUGUUAAGUGUACGCUUCGGGCUUCCUCCAAGCUGCAUGAUGCUUUACUUAAAAAAAUUCUGAAGAGCCCAAUGAAAUUUUUUGACACAACGCCUUUGGGCCGCAUUCUGAACAGGUUUGCAAAGGAUAUGGAUGAAGUGGAUGUGCGAUUAACCACCCAGUCUGAAAUGUUGCUCCAGAAUAUUAUUCUCAUAUUGUUCUAUCUUGGCAUCGUCAGUGCUGUCUUCCCAUGGUUUCUUAUUUCAGUGUUACCCCUCUGCAUUAUCUUCAUGAUUGUGAACAGGAUUUCAAGGGUUUUAGUUCGUGAACUUAAAAGAAUGGAUAGUAUCAGCCAGUCACUGCUUACAUCUCACAUUACCUCUAGCAUCCAAGGUUUGUCGACUAUUCAUGCUUAUGACAAGGAAAUUGAGUUCCUACAAAAGUAUCAAGAGCUGCUGGAUUGCAAUCAAGGCCCACAUUUCCUAUUCAGCUGUGGCAUGCGAUGGCUGGCUGUACGCCUUGACCUCAUUAGUAUUAUACUCAUCACAGUAGUGUCAGCAAUGAUGGUUUUCAUGCAUGGAAGGAUUCCACCAGCCUAUGCAGGUCUAGCCAUCUCCCAUACAGUCCAGCUGACAGGACUUUUUCAAUUUACGGUCCGCUUAGCUGCAGAAUCAGAAGCCAGGUUCACAUCUGUAGAAAGAAUCAGGCAUUACAUCAAGAAUUUGGAAUCAGAAGCACCAUCUCAUAUUCCUGAAACAGCACCUCCUCUUAACUGGCCUCAGGAAGGACAAAUCCAGUUUCACGAAGUAGCAAUGUGUUACCGUGACAACCUACCAUUUGUACUUAAGAAAGUUACAUUUACCAUCAAACCUCAGGAAAAGAUUGGAAUUGUUGGAAGAACAGGAUCAGGGAAAUCAUCCCUGGGAGUGACAUUGUUCAGACUGGUAGAAAUUUCCAGUGGUAGCAUUACAAUAGACGGUGUAAAGAUUAGUGAUAUUGGACUGGAUGAUCUUCGAAAGAAGCUAUCCAUCAUCCCACAGGAACCUGUGCUCUUUGCUGGCACUAUUAGAUCAAACCUGGAUCCUUAUAAUCAAUAUACUGAUGUUCAAAUUUGGGAUGUGUUAGAAAGAGCUCACAUGAAAGAAAGUAUUUUACAGCUGGAAGGGAAACUUGAAUUUGAGGUAAUGGAAAAUGGAGAGAAUUUUUCUGUGGGUGAGAGGCAAUUGCUGUGUGUGGCUCGAGCCCUUCUUCAACACAGCAAGAUUUUACUUCUGGAUGAACCUACUGCUGCCAUUGAUUCUGAUACUGAUGUAUUGAUUCACAAGACCAUUCAGGAGGCUUUUUCUGACUGUACAAUGCUAAUUGUAGCACAUCGUCUUCACACAGUUUUGAAUUGCAGUAGGAUAAUGGUGUUGGAUCAGGGAGAGAUUGCUGAAUUUGACAGCCCCAGAGUCCUGCUCUCUAAUGACAAUUCAAGAUUCUAUGCAAUGCUUCGCUCAGUGGAAAACAAGAUAAUAGCUCCAUCUUCCAGCAGCAAAUCUCCUUGAUCAGCAGCCGAGUCUCAAUUCUCCACUGUUACUGGCCCAGUUGUGAUUCAUCUCUGAGGGACCUUUAUCAUAAUAAUUUAAGAAAAAAUUUGGGAUGUUUUGUAGCUGGAUAAAGUUAUUUCAAGUAAAAUGACAUUAAUGCAUACAUUAUUUAUUAUAUCUUGGAGGCACCGCAAUCCAUCAAGUAAUUUGCAUAGUGGAUAUGCCUUUGAGAGGAAUAGCUGAAUGAAAUGUAUAUAGAGUAAUUGAUUUAGUACGGGUCUUGCCUAGUAUUCUGUUUCUUGAUAAUGAUAUUUAAAAUAGUUGUGGGUUGUUAAAUUACUAGGUUCCUUUUUACUUUGUAAAUUAGAGCUUUUAAAUUCCCAUCUGAGGAAUCAUCCUUGCCAAAAGCUAUUUUUUAAAUGUAAGAAGAGCAAAUGAAUGGCAAACGCACACUUAUAAUUAAUGCAUUCGAGGUAAAAUAAUUAUUGAAAGACUUUAAGGUGAUCUUGGAAUACUUAACUAUCUUCAUUAUAAACAGUAAAUUAUCCAUAAGAAAUGCACUUUCUUUCCUUUUGCAAUUCUUCGCCCCUUAUAAUGUUAGUGCAAUAGAAUAGGGACUUCUCCUCGAUGCAAUUUACAUCAUCAUUAAUAGGAAAUCACACACUAUAUUGUGUUACUCAUUUGACUCCCUCUAUUGGGGCAGCAACAAUUAUUCAUUUAACCCACUCUUCAUUGAUUGAUGGAGUUCACUCCAUUGCAAUUUGUAUCCUGUAAUUCUCUUUCUGAGAACAGACACCAAUAUUUAACAUAUUUUGCACUGUUUAGUGAAAAUAGAAUUCUUUAGGAUUAGAAGCAUCUGAUCUGUAUAGUGAUCCAUUAUAAUCCUCGAGUGUACUGUGCAAACAGAGCUCUGACUAAUGUCAGAGAGGGAGACCUAACUGUAAAUAAUGUAAAUAAUGUCACCAUCAAAUUCUUUUAAACAGAAUUAUAGCUGUCAGUGGUUCAAUAUUUACAAUAUUAUUACAGUAUUUCAAAUAAGCUACAGUAAUAUUUUGAUUUAAAGCUUUCAGCAUGUAAUUCCAUUGCAACCAGAAUUUGUUCCCAUAAAAAGGCGUUUUCAUAAAAUCUAUGGUGUUAGUAUAGGGAAAUUGAAUGCUAUCAGUUUACUAGGUAAUGUUUAGGAAACUUCAGCAUCUGUAAGAUGUAAGUAGAGUCAGGGUGAUUCAGCAAUGCGUGCAAGUCCAAUAAUGCACAGCAUACUUGUGGAAAUUGGAAAAACGGCCAUUAUUUCUAAACAUGUUAAGUAAGAACAUUUCUGACAGUCUCAUGCAUGACUGUCAUAGCUCCAGUACAUGCUGACUGAUCAGAGCAAUGCUGUCAAUGAUCUUUGAGGACUGGAAAACGUGUGGUAGAACUUUUAUGAUAUGUUCUUUCUGUUAAUGGCACCCCGUGUCCCCCCCCCCCAGAGGACUGUGUAUUUAGCGCAUCUAUCUUUUGUUGAUACAUUAACAUCAAACAGUGUUACAGAAGUACACUUCUGAGGUACUCUCAUUAUCCAUGAUAAUUGAAUGAAAAUUAGCAUUUAUUUUUUCUAAACAUAUUGAUAAAUGUAACUUCAUAGUAGAGAGAAUAAAAAUCAACUCUUGUCAAUGUUGUAUUUCAUAUAUUCACUGAAUUUUGAGGUUCAA